CUUGUUCUAAAGCCAAUACAUGCAUGGUUCUCAGCAUCUCGUCUAACACAAGACUAGAAGAUGUAGCACUUGCUGCACCGAGUGGAMUGCGAUGGUUCCAGUUCUUCGUAUUGAAAGACAGGGAAUGUACGAAGACUUUGAUUCGUAAAGCAGAGCAGACAGGAUACCAGGCGUUGGUUCUCACAGUCGAUGCAAGUGUCCUUGGGRAAAAACGUGCUUUUAAAAGAUCAGGAAUUGAGAAAACACUCGAACGAAUAACUGUUCUUUUAGACGUCAAGGAAGGAGCCUCGCGUCGUGAUCUAUGGGAAGGGAAUGUUUCCUGGGAGAUCAUCUCAUGGAUCAAAUCUAUCACCAAGCUUCCAGUGAUAUUAAAAGGUAUUCUAACAGCAGAAGAUGCUAAACUUGCUGUCCAACACGGUGCUGAUGCUAUCAUCGUGUCUAAUCAUGGAGGAAGGCAGUUGGAUGGAGUCUUGGCUACGAUUGAUGCUUURCCAGAAGUUGUAUCAGCCGUCAAUGGACAAAUUGAAGUGUAUAUGGAUUGUGGAGUAAGGCUUGGUACUGAUGUACUGAAGGCGUUAGCAUUGGGUGCACGUGCUGUAUUCAUUGGUCGUCCUGUGGUAUGGGGACUUGCUUAUCAGGGAGAAGAAGGUGUGCUGAAAGUACUGGAGAUACUUCGUGAAGAAUUUAGGACCGCCAUGAUACUAAUAGGUAAUACACCCUUUACCAAAAUGGCGACCGCAAAUUCGAAUGAGUUCGCAACUUUACCAAAAUGGUAGUGAAAAACCAAUACCUUUUCUGGAAAGAGCACCUUUACUUUAGUAAACCUACGAAGAUUCAUUAUGAGGUGUUAUAUCGUCAGAGAAAACUCAAGUCAAAAAUUUGAUAAAUUUAAGGUUUUGUUACACUGUGCAAUUUCCUCAGCAACUUCUCUCGCAAUGCUUGAAAAUGUAGCGUUGUAAGUUGCCGACGUGAGGUGCUACACUAUAAUGCAAUCUCAGCCACUUGCAACAUUUUUUGGCUCCUCGGCCGGGAAGAAAAUGAGAAAUGUGCACAUGCGCUCUUGAAAA